AUGGGGAUUCAACGCGCAGCCACAUUGGCCGUUGCGGGCAUGGGCGUGGCGCUCGCCAUUAUCUCGUGCUGCUACAUGGCCGACAAUUACCUCGUAAUCUCACAUCCCACCCUUUGCAGCGGCGUGUCGAACGCCACUCUCUGCUCCGAAGAGUUCCGCGCCGCGCGCCGGCAACUCAGCGUCCUCCCGCAGUCCGCGGACACAGUCACGGCGGCCAUGGUCUCCGCCGUGGCUGCGCAAGUCUCCGCGAUUAUCAACGCCGCCGCGGAGAUCAAGCGCGCCAAUGUCCGCGGGAACCAUUUUAUCAACGUCGUGGCGGACGACUGCAGCACGCAGGGCGGCAUCGCGCUGCGGUACCUCGGCCGCACGCUGGACGCGAUCGACACGGACAGCGCGCAGCACGAUCGCGCCUUCUGGCUGUCCGCCGCCAGCACGCAAGUCGAAAACUGCGUCGACGGAUUCAAGACGCUUGCGCCCUCUGCCACGUUCCAGCCGGCAUUCGUGCAUCUCGAGACUGUCGCCAACAAGGCCAGCGACACGCUGGAAGCCGUCGUCGCCAUCGCCAAGAAGACUGCGGCCGGCCCGCCCGAGUUGGGUCGCAAGCUCGCGUCCUCCGAGCCCGCAAGAGACACCAAGUGGCUGGACGACGACUUUGUCGCACAGCUGCGACAGCUUCAGGCGGAGCUGAACGCCCUGGGCGACGCCGUUCACGACCACGUCGCACGGCGGGAGCUGCGACACCGUCCCAUCCGCGCGAGCAAGGGACUGAAGGCCAACGCCGUCGUGAAGGGGAAGAUCCAGUCCGCGAUUGACGCUGCCCCCGGCGGCAGCCAAUACGUGAUCUACAUCCCCGCCGGCACGUACAGGGAGCAGGUUAUCAUCGACACCCCCGAUAUUAUCCUUAUCGGGGCCGGCGCCGGCGCUACAGUGAUCACAUACGACGAGAGCUACGGCAGCGGGUCGAGCACGUUCGACUCAGCGACGCUCGGCGUGAACAGCGACCGUUUUGUCGCAUUCGGGAUCAAGGUCGUGAACACUGCCGGCCCGGAUAACCACCAGGCUGUGGCGUUCCGCGCUACAGGCGACCAGUCGGCGGCGAUCGACUGCGCGUUCGAAGGGUCGCAAGAUACACUGUACGUGGACGCGGGGCGGCAGUUCUACUCCAACUGCUACAUCGGCGGCACGCAGGACUUCAUAUUCGGCGACGCGGCCGCCGUCAUCCAGAACGCCAAGAUCCAGCUGCAUCCCAGCAAGUCGUUCAUCACCCUCACCGCGUCGGGCCGCGCCAAGGACACGCCGACGGGGAUCGUGAUUCGCGACUCGGUGGUGAGCGCGGACAAGGGCGCGGCGAAGGCGUACCUGGGGCGGCCGUGGAAGAAGUGCGCGUUCACGGUCUUCGUGAACGUCGUGCUGCCGGCCGUUAUCCAGCCCGACGGGUGGCUGUCGUGGAACGAGGGCAGCUGCAUGUUCCUGGCGGAGGCCGGCAGCAAGGGCCCGGGCGCCAAGGGGUCGCGCGCCGACUGGGUGGACCCUGGGAUCAUCUCCAACGGCGCCUCCUACACCGCCGCUGCCUUCGCUGAAGUCAACUCCUGGCUCAUCCUCUCCUGA